ACUGCCGGGUCGGGGCGAGCGCUCCGCAGUGCCCCGGCCCGCGGCUCCCGGGCGGCCCCGGCCCGCAGCCCUCUGCUCGGUGCUUGCUGCAAGGAAGGGAUGGGGUGGGGAGGAGCUGGGGUGAGGAAGAGCCUCUGCACCCCAUUGCUUCCCUCCCUCAUCCCCUCUGCAUUUCCUUUGCAUCUCCUCCGCAUCCCUUCUGCACCCCUUUUGCUUCCCCUCCGCACCCCCUCUGCACCCCAUUGCAUCCCCCGUGCUUUUCCCUAUUGCAGCUGCAGGGGGACCAGCUUGCAAGAGCUGUCUGCUUGCAGGGUGCAUGCUUGAAAUACCUCCUCCCCCCCCCCCCCCAAAAAAAAAAAAAAAAAAGACACCCCCGAGCCCUUCUCUGCCAUGAUUCUGCUGAGCAGCAUCUUGCACCUGCGGCCCCGGCACUGUGGCCCCUUAGCAGGGCUGGGCAGGGGGUCUGGCCCCACAGCGGGGUCCCGCAGAGCGCUGCGCGUGCUGGUGGACAUGGACGGGGUGCUGGCCGACUUCGAGGGAGGAUUCCUCAAGAAGUUCAGGGCCAGGUAUCCCGACAAACCCUACAUUGCCCUGGAGGACCGGAGGGGCUUCUGGGUGUCGGAGCAAUACGGGCGCCUAGCAGCUGAGCUGAGUGAGAAAGCCAUCAGCAUCUGGGAAUCCAAGAACUUCUUCAUCGAGCUGGACCCGCUCCCCGGUGCUGUGGAAGCUGUGAAGCAAAUGUCAAAUUUGGCUGACACUGACGUGUUCAUCUGCACGAGCCCUAUCAAGAAGUACCGCUACUGCCCCUAUGAGAAGUAUGCCUGGGUGGAGAAGCACUUCGGCCCCGAGUUUCUGGAGCAGAUCGUUCUGACACGGGACAAGACGGUGGUUUCUGCUGACCUGCUCAUCGAUGACAGACCUGAUAUAACUGGGGCUGAGGUGAACCCCAGCUGGGAGCACGUGCUCUUCACUGCCUGCCACAACAAGCAUCUGCAGCUGGAGCCGCCCAGGCGCCGUCUGCAGUCCUGGUCUGAUGACUGGAGAGCCAUUCUGGACAGCAAACGGUGCCACUGAGCCAUGCGGACUAAACCCCAGCCUCCUUCCCGGCCUCCAUCCCGGCUGCCUGCUCAUCUCCUCGUGGAGUCCUCCUGGAGGCCGACACCAUGGGCAGGUAGACAGACAGACAGACACCUAUGGGGUGGGAAAGGAAGGGGACCUGGGAGCAGACCUCAGCCCGGCUGCUCUCUGUGCCAUGUCAGACCCCCGGUGUCAUCUUGCCCCUCCGACACGGCACAGGCCAUCCCUCUGUCCCUCCACAGUGGAGUCAUGCCAUGGAUUUGUCCUCCUGCUGCCGUGAAGGAUCUGCAUCCACCCCAUCGCUGAGGAGCUGCCGCAGCUCAGAGGAACUCUGGUGCUGAUUCGGGAAGGAGGGAGCAGAUGUUUCAUUAGCCAAGAGCUGUAAGAAACUCAGCAAGCCCUAGGUGGUGUUGAUUCAUGGAUUUCAAAGCCAGGGGCUGUGCACAUGAUGGCUGCAUGGUCCAUACCCCAUCAAUCUCCUCCUCAUCGUGUCCAAAAUCAGCCUGAUAGGAGAGCUCUGGGUGUGCAUGCACACAGAGAUGGAUCAGCCCUGGGUGUUGCCAACUGCUGGGCUUGGGCAGUGGGACAGUCGAUGCCACUGAGCACCCUAAAGCCGUUGGUGCAGAGCUGCAUGGUAAAACAAAAACAUGGGGUGGUGGAGGAGGUACAGAAUCGCAGAGAAGGGAGCAGAGCACCACGGGGCUGGGCAGGGAGCAGGGUGAGGCCAUCAGUCUGCUGCCUGCUUGGGAUGUGGCACCUCCCAGUGCCACACCCCCACCUGUCCCUGGGUACUGCAGGGUCUGCCCGCACCAUUUGAGAUCCCACUAUUCCCUGCUCUCCUGCCCAAGGACUUGCUGACCAGAGGGGUGAAGUUCCCCGCUGAGAUGUGUGGCCAGGGUUGGUCACCCUGUGUGCUGCUUGCCUCACGCCUUUAUCUUUCCUCUCCUCUCUCAUCCCCAUCAGCACAAAGCAAUCUGAGCCCAGAGCCACGUAGCCAACAAACAACAAAUUUUAGCAGCAGCGGUCAGUCCUGCCAUGUGUGGGACCUGGAGAGGCUCUUGAAGUCGGUACUUCCGAAUCCGUGCCUUCCCCAGCUGCUGUGGGGUCAGGAUCGAAGCCCGAAUUGCCUCAGGUCUUUCCAAAAGUAGCCCUGUCUCUUGGGAUGGGGCCAUUGUGUUAAGAUUGCAUGGUUUGGGAGUGACAUCCCACAGUGCUUUUAUUUUAGUUUUUCCUGUUUAAACCACUGUGUGCUUCUCCAGGUGUGUGUUUGGGCUGUGCAGCCACCUGAGGUGCAGCUCUGCUGAGCAUCACACACGGCAUCGCAUGGGCUGCGAGUUGAUUUUUUCCUCAUUGGCACCAUGAGCUGCCCGAGCUCUCUGGAGCACUCUCCUAGCCCAUCCUCAAGCUGAAACAAGCUGGCACAAUUCUGUGGUUGCCCAGAUCCAGGCCUUGGGCAGACCCCAGGGAUACGGCUUUCUGGACCCAGCAUCCCCUUGGUGGGGUGUAUGAUGCUGGAGAGGCCACGGGGGUUCACUCCACAUGAAAACAGAGCUGGAGCUUCACCUCUGUGAGGCUCCACGAGGAUGCACAGAAAUCCCAUGUGGUUUGCUGUCCUAUUGAACUCACCGUGUUUGGGGUCAUGAUGCAGUUCUCCAUUGCGGUGUGGUCCCUGCUCAACUGGGUUGCGCAGAGUUUUUAUUUUCAAACACACAUCUAUAAAACAGAGGCUGCUGAGGAGCACUGCAAUAAGCAUCAGGUUCUGUUGGCAUCUGGCUUCCCAAAAACAAAGUUUGGGUUUUGCAGAUUCCCACCUGUGGUUCUGACUUUGGCACAGGGAUGGGGUGUUUGCAUCCAGGUACUGGGAGGAUGCUCCAGGCAGUGCAUGGCUCCCCUCCAGGCACAGAGGAAGCAAGCAUUGGUGCUGGGAAUUGGUUUUUUUCCCCUAUGUUUUCACUGCCCUGUGCAGCUUUAAAGACAGUUUGAUUUUUCUCUUCCAGUUCAGACCACUGCGUUAGAUGGUUGCAAGCACUCAGAGGUUACAUUUGUGGUUCACUGGUGAGUCCAAUCCUGCCAGAAGCUUGGACCCUACCUAGAUGCAAUGGCAAGGAAAAAUGUGGUAUAGCUCAUGCCUGAGAUGUGCAUUUCUGAGCCCAAGGGGUAGCACGGGUCGGACCCACUAUCCCCAAUGCUGAGGGAAAAACAGAGCGUUUGCAGCAGGGCUGGGAUGUGCAUUCCCUUGUGAAUGUCCCUGGCACUCACAGGGUUAACCAAAGGGCUUAGAUUUGGGGCUUUUCCUCUCUUUUGAGCAUGAAAGUGGCGACGAAGAGAUGCAUGUUCCCAUUGCUGCCCCGCGAAGGAGACGCACAAUAAACCUCUCUGUGCCACA